AUGGCCUUUCUUGGAACAAAUGAUGAAGAAAUUGGGUUUUGCAGAACAAUGGGCGGAAUGGGAUGGGUGUGUAAAAGGAGUCUCCAUUUGUCGGGUGCUCCUCCAAUCAACCACCUACUGUUUGCCGAUGAUUGCUACCUGUUUGCCCGUGCAAAUGUGGGAGAUUGUGGGACAAUCAAGAAGGCACUCUCUUGGUAUGAAUGGGUAGCCGGUCAACAAGUUAAUUUACAGAAUAGUGCAAUAUGUUUCAGCAAAAAUGUUAAGCGCCAAGACCAACUGGAUCUCGCCACAUCUCUUGGUGUCCCAUGUGCUGAUCAUUAUGAUAAGUAUCUUGGGCUUCCAAUGGUAGUUGGCAGGAACAAAGGUUCCUCAUUUGCACAUCUCAAGGAACGGUUGGGGAAAAAAUUGCAUAGCUGGAAAGGAAAGCUUUUAAGUGGGGCAGGGAAAGAAAUCCUUAUCAAAACUGUGGCACAGGCUCUCCCAUUGCAUUUGAUGAGCGUUUAUUUAUUGCCCAAAUAUAUUUGCGAUGAUCUUAACCGCUUAAUUGCAGAUUUCUGGUGGAAUGGAAACAAUGGCGACAGGAAAAUACAUUGGCUUACUUGGGAUAAGCUUUGCCAACCCAAAGAGCUUGGAGGACUGGGCUUCCGUGAUUUAUAUGCUUUCAACCUUGCUAUGUUAGCUAAGCAAGGAUGGAGACUCAUACAAUAUCCAAAUUCUCUAUUAGCGAGUGUUCUACGAGCUAAGUAUUUUCCCGACAAAUCGUUUCUUGAUGUUCCUGUCUCAGAAAAUUCUUCUUUUUUUUGGAAAAGUAUUUGUGCAGCCAGAAAAAUUCUUUUGCAGGGAUCUAGAAGGCAAGUGGGCAGUGGGGUAGAGAUUGAUAUUUGGAAGGACCCAUGGCUGCCACGCCCUUCUACCUUUCGGGUUAUUUCACCGAAACCCAACGGUUGUGCUAUUACCAAGGUGAAUGAGCUUAUUCUUGACCACCCUCGGCGCUGGAAUAUCAGCCUUCUAUCUAACCUCCUUUACCCUCCCGAUGUGGAUGUGAUCCGAACUCUUCCGCUGAGCUUUCAUCACAGGGACGACGCUCUUAUCUGGCAUUUUGAAAAAAAAGGUCAGUUCACUGUCAAAAGUGCUUACAAGGUAGCCCGCACGGUUCUUGAUCCCAGUACCGUGGCGUCAUCAUCAAAUGGAAAUGGUUUUAGUAAAGGGUGGACUGCUCUUUGGAAGGCAAAGAUUCCAGGCAAAAUCAAAUUGUUUUGGUAG